AUGACGGGGAAACAAGGCGCCGUGCUGUCGGGAAGUUUACAUGUAUCGGAGAAAAGCUCUCUGGGUGCAAAUGGAGGGAGUAACAGCCACCAGCCGAAGGGCAGUGCGACCCAUCCGCCGACCAGGUGCACCGGCUUCGGCAUCCAGGAGAUCCUGGGGCUGAAUAAGGAGCCGUCCGCGGCCCCGAGGAGCCCUCUGAGCUCGCUGCCGGCCGGGGCUCACCUGAUCGCCGCUAGGUCCCUGCUGGGCCCCGCCGGCAUGGGCAUGGGUGUCGGGAUGGGAUUAAUGGACCCUGGUAGGAUCCCGUCGUUUUACAGACAGCCGGUGUUUUUGGAGACGGUGCUGUCGGACGCACAAGAUGUUCACCUGCAGCCUCACAGCAGGUCUGCGGGGCCGCUGGACACCAGUCAGUCUGCGAGCUCAGACUCUGAUGAUUUAUCUUCAAAUGAACGAAAACUCUCAAAGUCAUCAGUAAGUCAAAGCAAGAAACGGAAGAAAAGACGUCACCGGACCAUAUUCACCUCCUAUCAGCUGGAGGAGCUGGAAAAGGCCUUCAAUGAAGCGCACUACCCGGAUGUUUAUGCCCGAGAGAUGUUGGCCAUGAAAACAGAGCUACCUGAAGACAGAAUACAGGUAUGGUUUCAGAACCGCAGAGCCAAGUGGAGGAAGAGGGAGAAAUGCUGGGGCCGCAGCACUGUGAUGGCUGAGUAUGGGCUGUAUGGAGCCAUGGUGAGGCACUCCAUCCCCCUGCCAGAGUCCAUCCUCAAGUCUGCCAAGGACGGCAUCAUGGAGUCCUGCGCCCCCUGGCUGCUCGGGAUGCACAAAAAGUCAGCGGAGGCAGCAGUCCCCCCGGCAACAGGACAGUGUGACGUGCCCCAGCAGCCCAGCUCUCAGAGGGCGGAAGAGGUGGAAGCAGAGGAGAAGAGGUCAGAGGGCAAGUCCACCAUUUCUAAAGAGGAACUGAGGGAGAACAGCAUCGCUGCACUCAGGGCCAAGGCGCAGGAGCACAGCGCCAAAGUGCUGGGGACGGUUUCUCAAGACAGACUGCAGGAGGGCAAACAGGAGAGACAGGCGGCCGAGGAGAAAGCCGGCGAUCCCGUGAGUCCUGCAGAGGAGGAGAAAAGUCCCUAGAGACUAUCGCACUCCUUUGGACUGACACUCUCAUGAGUGAGAAUGCAGUGGGCUGAACUUCCCCGACAUAACUCACUGUCCUGCAGGUGUUCAUCCCUCAUUGACUUCUCUAUAACUGGCCUGCAUCUGGACUUCUUUAAGAAGAAAACUCAUCUGGCCGUCACCGGUUCCCUGCCGCACACAGGACGCAAAAUGCACUUUGUUUUCUGAUUUACCUUCCAAAACUACAGUUGUUGUUGCUUAUACAUAGUAGAGAAGAUUUGACUG